AUGGGUCACUCCUACGGAAAGAGAGCGGGCACCCGCUAUGCCUUCAGCCGGGACUUCCGCAAGAAGGGUAUGAUUGCCCUGAACACCUAUCUCCGACAGUACCGCGUUGGCGAUAUCGUCGACAUCAAGGCGAACGGUGCCGUCCAGAAGGGCAUGCCCUUCAAGGUGUACCACGGCAAGACUGGUGUCAUCUACAACGUCACCAAGUCUGCUGUCGGUGUCAUCAUCUACAAGCAGGUGAAGCACCGAUACAUCGAGAAGCGAAUCAACGUCCGAAUCGAGCACAUCCAGCAGUCCCGAUCUCGUGAGGACUUCCUCAAGCGAGUCAAGGCCAACGCCGAGGCCAAGAAGGAGGCCAAGGCCAACGGUACCGUCGUCCAGGUCAAGCGUCAGCCCGCUGGACCCCGUGAGGCUCACACACUGUCGCUCGCCGACAACCCUCCUCAGACCGUCACCCCUCUCCCCUACGAGACUACGAUCUAA